AUGUUGAAAUCGAUUGUUUGCUUGUGUAUCUUCGCUUUAAUAUCGGCCAAUGCCUUUCAAUUCGAACUCAAUGAUAAGGCUCUUGCCUAUUUAGCUGAAGCUAAAUUGGCCGAUUUGCCUAAAUCAGUUCAAUUAUCAUUAACUGGUAAUUCAGGACGUGCUGCCCCUGGUGGUUCUUCACAUUGGUGUUGUAUUAACGAACAACCAAUUACAACAGUAACACAAACAAAAAUUGAUCAUGCUACACAUGUUGUUGGCUAUGUUGAAUGUGGUUUUAUGGGUAGCAUGAGAUGCAGUCAUUUUGUUACAAGUUAUCGACAGGAAAUGUAUACAUUUAUACAAACAUUUCAAGUUCCUAAUAUGGCUGCAUGCAGUAGUCAUGAAGUGAAAUGCUGUUCUGGCUAUUUACUGGUCGCUGAAAAUUGUCAUACAUUUACUGAUUUGGUUGCUAAUCAAGAAUUGUUUCAAUUUUUAAGUGGUCUUGGUUUACUUACAAUGCCUAACGUUGGAAAAUAA